CUGGUGAGAAAGUACUGAGAGAUAUUUCCUGAACUUCUCCCUCCAUCCCAGAGCUUCAAGCAGCGAGGCAGAAGAGAAGCCCCAAGAUGAGAAGCCUCCUUCGGUUUCUGGCGCUCUGUGCUGCCGUCUCUCUCUGUGUCUGUUAUGAUUCUCGUGAAAGCACAGAGUCCACUGAAGAUCUGUUUUUGCCACGAAACCGUGCCAACUCGUUCAUGCCACCGAGAGGAAACAGCAUUUACAAUUCACCCAGCAGGUUUCGCUUCAACGCCUUCAUGAGGAAAAGAAAGCCCGUGUCAGAGAUCCGUGCAGAGACCUGCGAGGACUACUCUCCCUGCCGCCUCUACGCCUAUCGCUUCGGCUACCAGCAGGCUUACCAGAGGUAUUAUGGCUCCAGAAUCCCAUCACAGCAACGCUACAGACCGGCUGGGAUCCGUCCGUACUAAACUGGACACAGAUGGAAGUUUAUCCUGAUCAUCUGCUCCUUUAUUCCACAUCCAUCGCAUGUUUUGAUCUAAUUUAUGUCCUUGUGUUGUUUUCUGUUUUGAUUGUGGAUUGACGUCCUGGAA